CUGGAAUUUAUCACCUGCAUAUGUGAUUUCCAUCAUAAUUCUCCGUUUUCUAUUUCCUAUGGAUGUUUGAUUUCCUCAAUUUCAAUUACUUUCCAUAACUACCUGUACAUAUCGCCCCUUUUUUACCCGUUCAUAGACCUCUCCGUGCUGUCCCUCUUUUCUCCAGAUUUGUAUCCUUGCGUAAUCGCGCAAUAGUGGACAGUACUUAGCUCCGGGGCCACUGUUUAAACUCCGCCAGCAAUUUGCCUAGCGGCUUCCCCUUGGGCAACCCUCGCGCAUCGCAUGCCUCCAAGGUCCUCUCCAUCUCUCCGCCUGUGGAACUCCAAAGGAUUCCUCUAUUUCAAUACUGGUCAUCUUCGCUCAUUCUCACUCGCGCCUUCUAUCGCCUCUGCGGCGAUUGCCCCUCAUUUCUCCUCUUCGCCACGUCGUCGCUUGAAUUGCCCUCAGUCUCUGCUAUCACGCUGUUGGCCUCGUCACUCUCUUCCCCGGUCUAUUUUCGCUCCUUUCUCAGCUGCAGCCGUCACCAUGGGCUCCAUCCAACGCAUUACGGAGCAUUUGGAAAAGCCAGAGCUCGAUGAUCGCUCCUAUCGAGUUAUUCGCUUGGCCAACAAAUUGGAGGCGCUCUUAGUCCAUGAUCCUGAAACGGACAAGGCUAGCGCAUCCGUCAAUGUCAAUGUGGGAAAUUUUUCAGAUGCAGAUGAUAUGCCAGGAAUGGCUCAUGCUGUAGAGCAUUUACUCUUCAUGGGAACUAAAAAGUUCCCAAAGGAAAAUGCCUACAAUCAAUAUCUUGCCUCCCAUUCUGGCUCGUCGAAUGCAUACACAGCAGCUACGGAGACGAAUUAUUUUUUUGAACCCCCGUCCCCUCUGUAUGGAGCGCUCGAUCGCUUCGCACAGUUCUUUGUGUCUCCCCUUUUUUUGGAGUCUACUCUAGACCGCGAGCUGCGGGCGGUGGAUUCGGAGAACAAGAAGAACCUCCAGAGUGAUUUAUGGCGUUUGAUGCAGUUGAACAAAUCAUUGUCCAACCCGGCCCACCCUUAUCACCACUUCUCGACCGGUAACCUCAAGACCUUGAAGGAGGACCCUCAGCAACGCGGCUUAGAAGUCCGCAGCGAAUUUAUCAAGUUCUACCAGAAGCACUAUUCAGCGAACCGAAUGAGAUUAUGUGUGCUCGGGCGAGAGUCUUUGGAUGAACUUGAGAAAUGGGUCGAGGAGCUGUUCUCCGAAGUGGAGAACAAGGACUUGCCGCAAAAUCGAUGGGACGAUGUUCAACCCUGGAGGGACGAGGAUUUGGGCAUUCAAAUCUUCGCUAAGCCCGUCAUGGACACCCGUUCUUUGGACAUUUACUUCCCGUUCCUGGAUGAGGAAACCCUCUACGAGUCUCAGCCAAGUCGGUAUAUCAGUCACCUGAUUGGCCACGAAGGACCUGGCAGCAUUUUGGCUUAUAUCAAGGCAAAGGGAUGGGCUAACGGCUUGUCUGCCGGCGUCAUGCCCAUCUGUCCCGGAGCAGCCGCUUUCACCAUCUCGAUUCGAUUGACAAAAGAGGGACUGCAGCAGUACCGAGAGGUAGCCAAGGUGGUCUUCCAGUAUAUCGCGAUGCUGAAGGAAAGGGAGCCGCAGCAGUGGGUUUUUGAUGAGAUGAAGAACUUGGCCGAGGUUGAAUUCCGCUUCAAACAGAAAUCCCCUGCCAGUCGAUUCACCAGUCGACUGAGCAGCGUCAUGCAGAAGCCCCUUCCCAGAGAAUGGCUUCUCAGUGGUUCCCUCCUGCGCAAGUUCGACCCCGACCUUAUCAAGAAGGCUUUGUCAUGCCUUCGGCCUGACAACUUCCGGCUGAUCGUUGUCUCUCAGGAGUAUCCAGGAGACUGGGACUCCAAGGAGAAGUGGUACGGUACCGAGUACAAAGUGGGCAAGAUACCCCAGGACUUCAUGGCCGACAUCCGAAAAGCCUUGGACACUACUCCAGAGACCAGACUGUCGGAACUUCAUAUGCCCCACAAGAACGAGUUCGUCCCAACUAGACUCUCGGUGGAGAAGAAAGAAGUAGCAGAGCCAGCAAAGACGCCGAAACUCAUUCGUCAUGAUGACCAUGUGCGCCUCUGGUUCAAGAAGGAUGACCGUUUCUGGGUCCCCAAAGGCACCGUCCAUAUCACGUUGAGAAACCCCCUGGCGUGGGCCACCCCUGCGAACUUGGUGAAAUCGAAGCUGUAUUGUGAACUUGUCAAGGAUGCUUUGGUGGAAUACUCGUACGAUGCUGAGCUUGCUGGGCUUGACUAUCACCUCUCCGCCAGUGUCUUUGGAUUAGACGUGUCUGUUGGAGGGUACAACGACAAGAUGGCUGUUCUCCUGGAAAAAGUGUUUACGAGCAUGCGCGACUUGGUUGUUGAUCCGAAUCGCUUCCACAUCAUAAAGGAACGCUUGUCUCGGGGAUAUCGCAAUGCAGAGUAUCAACAGCCGUUCUAUCAGGUCGGUGAUUAUACCAGAUAUUUGACCUCUGAGAAGACAUGGAUCAACGAACAAUACGCGGCUGAAUUAGAGCAUAUCGAACCGGAGGAUAUCUCGAACUUCUUCCCGCAGCUACUCAGCCAGAAUCAUAUUGAGGUCCUUGCGCAUGGCAACCUGUACAAGGAGGAUGCCCUUAAGAUGACGGACUUGGUGGAAAACAUUCUGCAAAGCCGCCCUCUGCCCCAGUCGCAAUGGCACGUGAGGCGGAACAUUAUCAUCCCUCCUGGAAGCAAUUAUGUGUAUGAACGCACGCUCCAAGACCCCGCCAAUAUCAACCACUGCAUUGAGUAUUAUGUUUAUGUUGGAAGUAUCACGGAUGACAUGCUUCGAGCAAAGCUACUGCUGUUUGCGCAGAUGACCGACGAACCCGCCUUUGACCAACUUCGAAGCAAGGAGCAGCUUGGAUACGUUGUUUGGAGUGGUGCACGCUAUUCCGCCACGACCAUUGGUUAUCGGGUCAUUAUCCAGAGUGAGCGUACGGCCGAGUAUCUCGAGUCGCGUAUCGAUAACUUCCUCAUUCAGACAGGAGAGACAUUGGAAAAUAUGUCCGAGAAGGAUUUCGAGGGUCACAAGCGAAGCGUGAUCAACAAGAGACUGGAGAAACUCAAGAAUCUGAGCUCCGAGACAUCGCGAUUCUGGAGUCACAUCGGCUCAGAAUAUUUCGAUUUCUUACAGAAUGAAAGUGAUGCGGCCAAUGUCAGGGGGUUGACUAAGGCUGAUAUUGUGGACUUUUAUAAGCAGCUUAUUGACCCUCGUUCACCCACCCGGGGUAAACUUUCAAUCUAUCUGAAUGCUCAAGGGGGUGUGCACGCCAAAGUCGAAGGCAAAGACCAGCAGUCCCGGCUAGUGUCUCUGCUUGGAAAGCAAUUGGAGGGCGCCGGCUUUGCCGUGGAUACGAGCCGCCUGAGCUCUGUAUUUGAGAGCGCUGAUCUCUCUGCUAGUGACGCAGAUCAGAUUCUCGCCGUGUUGAAGAAGUUCUUACUCUCUGAGAUGAGCUUAUCAGAGCAGCAGACAGCGCCGGUGCUUGAGCAAGCCAGACAGAACAUUGGUCUGCAUGCGAAGCAACUUGGCAUUGAAACUGCCGACAAGGAUUCCAAGCCUGUGACUAAUGGUGUUCGCAAGCCCAAGGCUGAUCGAAAGGUGACCUACAUUACCAACGUGCCUGAGUUCAAGGCACGCAUGGUUAUGAGCGCUGGACCCAUCGCGGUCACAGAUAUUACCGAGUUUGAGGAUUUCGACGCCAAGCUCUGAUAUCUACAGAAGUGUAUUCUCAGGUGUUUUGUCAUAGAUGUGAUUUAAUUCAACCUAUAAGCAUUUGCUGGGUAUGUUGCAUGGUUGAGGUCGGCAGUUCGGGGGGUUCAUGGUGCUUCCGGGUUUGAUAGAUGCAAGUAAGAGUCGGACAAUUGUAUCAGAAAUAUACUGUCCAAUUUCAG